AACGUACCGGAAGCAAAUUUUGACCAAAAGUAAAAACAAUUGUACACACUUCGCGUUUAUAAACACAGUGAAAGUAAAGGAAAACCGUAAUAACAACACACUUCGUGGUUUGUGCCGAGAAAAGUUCGUCAAAAACGAAACACGCGCACUUGGCCCUCUUUUCGCUGGAACCGCAAAAAGUUUACGUUGAAGAAACAGUGCCACCGAUACAGCAGGUCGCGGAAUUGUCCGGUUUUGCCCUCGCUGCAACGACACACACACACACACACUGCCGUUGGCCGUGAAGUGAAAGUUUUCUACCUCGCCUACUGGGUCCGCCGUUGCAUCGUGCGUGGGAAAACAGCGACGUGCGGUGUGUCGCGGAGAGUGCCCUCGUAACCGGUCCGUGCGCUGGCGUGUAACGCGUAGUACGCGAAUAUCGAUUUUCCGAGCCGAAAGAAAUUCGGAGCGACGCGCGUAGACAAGAAAAAAGUUUGCAUACGUGACAUCGGCCACGGCGACGCCGAUUGACAAAACAAUCGUUCACAGUGCACAGGUCGACGCGCUGCCCGCGCCCGAUAGUUUGGGUGCUCCGGAGAGUGUAAUCACUUCAAGCGGACGGCAAAGAUAUCCCAGCAACCAUGGCUUUCAUGAUGCCCGUGAUGAAGAACGAGUUCGAUAUCUACAAGGGCCGCCAGCGGCGGAUAUCGGAGUGCUCGAACCAGACCAACUGCCGCUCGCGAAAGGUGUCGGAAAGUUCACGCUCGGACGGUCCCAGCCUCUCGACGUCGCCCGGCAACGAGGGCGGCGGUGGUUUCAUGUCGGCCGGCUCGCCCGCCCACCGCAGCCAUCCGAUGUACAUGUCGCACCUCGCGUCCCGGUCACAGUUUUCGCGCAACUCGUCCCGCACCUCGCAGAGCUCGCUGAUCGCUUCGAGCCCGUCGAAGGCGAGCAACGGAUGCAGUCCGCCGAAGGGUGGUGCCACCAGUGGCGGGAAUGCUGUGCCAUCCGCUGCCGCCGGUAGCCAGAGUAGCCUCAACAAGUUCCACGUCCGGUUGGUCGACAAGCUGCGGAAGUCGCUCCGCAAGAGCAAAUCGACCGACAGCCGGUCAUGAGAAGCGAACGGUGGUGCCGAAGAAGAUCCCGAUCCGGACGCCGGCGAAGCCGAUGUAGAUGGUGCUGGCCAGCGAGGAGCUCGCCGUCGCGGCCGGAAACGAAGAGACGAAGGAGAGGACGAAACGGACCCAGCCCGUGGCGGGCAAGUGGUUGGCGUGUGUUCGGACAGUGUGCUCCACGUCCAUCAGCAUGGGAAACCGCCAUUGCCGCGGCAACGAAGCAACACUCCGGUACUCCGUCCCAGGCGGGGUACGUUCAGUGCCCCACGGUAACUUUGGUGAACGCCAAAAACCACACCUUCAUCGCCUACUGUUUGCGAGUGCAACGAAGAGACACACUAACUACACGGAAAACGGGUGUACACCAGACAUAGCACAUACUACACGCAUACCCCGAGAGUUCAGUUCUAUUAUGAUCGUUUGGAGCGCAGUCAUCGCGCAAAGGCCACAGGACUCUCGGGAGGUUGCCGGGUAUCAGCACAUUGGAAUCAGCGGGAGGUGCGCGUCGUAGGAUGUUAUGCUGUGGUGCAAUGAAACUACUUUUAACGCUCGACGGCCUCCUUCGAUCUAACCUAUAACGAAUUGCGCAGCACUUUUACCCAUCUGUAGACCGCGCCGCGAACACACACAGGAAGGCGAACCGUUAAUGGCCGACUAUCGGCUGUGUAGGUAGGCAAAGAAUAAUGAUAAUAGGGAACGAUAAUGCAUCAUUUCUCAACAUCAUCAUCAUUUAGGCUGCUCAAAGCUAAGCAGAAAUUAAAUAGUUUUAAAUUGACCCUUUUUGUUGAGAAAAAGUGAGCUCACAAAACAACAAGACCUUGGACUUGAGGACGACGCCCGACCGGGUAGUGAUAAAUCAAAUUCAAACCUGUGAUACUUCUGCGGAAUUGUUCAGAAUUUUGUAUUUGAUGGACACGAACGAAGUGUAGAGUAGCCGAGACCCGCGGUUCUGUGGGGACUUGUGCUGCUUCAAUUGGCAACAUGGAUUUUGACAAACCAACCCUAAUCGGUUCGUAAAAAUUAAACAAACAUUUGUCUUCGCUCUUUCUUGACCACUUUCUUUCAAUCCCAUGAGGGCGGUGCAACUCCACUGUACCUUCUAUUUGCGUUCCUAUGAGCGGCCAGGAGGGGCCUUUUUGGAUUUUUACAUUCUCUGUUUAGCAGAAGCAAAACCAUGAACCGCAAUCCAUGAGUUGCGUUAAGAAGACACACAUUUACAUAACUGUGAUUUAUCGAUUGUAACAUGAUAUUGUGAAUGCUUUUACGUACAUUACCCAAAUAGAACAUUUAUCGUCUAACAGGAACAGUGCAGAGGUUCAAGCGGAAGGGCUGAGGCAUCCAAUAAACUGUUAAAUUCAAAACAAAACAACGUGUAGUAGCCCGCGCGGAUCAUAAAUAGUGGCAAACGAAUCGAUUAGUCGAGAGACAGCGAGGGGCAGUGACGCCCGAAAACGCGGUUCGAGUCAACAGCAGGCAGUCCCCACCGCGAAUUGUUAUGUAAACAAGGCUCCACGGUCCGGGUGGGUUCCGUUGCGAAUCGAUAUUCGAAUUAUGCUGCAACCCGCCCGCGUGUGGUGUGGAUUCGAUUUUUAAGUUUCCCGGCCAUUCUCCCGACGCCGUUCGAGGUUCGCGAGGGUAGCAAAUAAACAAACACACCAGGCCCCCGGCCCAAACGUGCAUUAACGUAGUGUAGCGCCAGGGUUCGCGGAUUCGCACAUAAGCUGAGCAGAUGCAGAUGGGCCGUUGUUUUGGGCUGGAGACCGGUUACGCUUAACUGAAUACCACGAAGCAAAUAUAUAAAUUUAUCUACCGAGAUAUACAUAUAUAUACACAAACGUAUCAGAUUAUACUAUUUCUACAUGCGCACCCGUGGAAGGAAGGCCGUGAAAAGUAUAAAACAAUAUGGAACCGCCGCUACCGUUGGUCCACAAACCACAAACGAAACCGAGACCGACCGAUUGGGGCGCCGAAGUUUCGAUUGGUCGCUUUUCACGGGUGGGUUGCGUGACAGACAAUUUGCGCUUCGUGCGGUCAUUUGUUUUUAUUAGUUUUCCGGCCCGGGUUCACCAGAGAAAAUCGGUUUCGCUUGGUAUUUUCUGUCAACGCGAAACACGAAAUGCAAUUGCGUAGUGCCGUAGGGGAGGCGUAUUUCGGUUCUGGUCGGCCCGAACCGGUUACGGGUGGGUGAUUGCGGGUUAUGAUGUGAUUCCGCGGCGCACACGCAGUAUGGCGGCACUGAUAUGGCGCCGAUUACGCUUGCCCCAUCAGGAAGGAUCAUUGACCACCAGCUGUGUACGCCGAGGGACGUGCCGUGCGAUUAUCCCGCUGGGCGAUGAGAGAGGUUCCUGUCCACCCCCUCCUGACUAAUUGGUCGAAUGAGAUUUUUCAUCUCAACCACACCAACCCUCUUGAAGCAUAUCCACAGACCAGCGCACCGCUGGUUAAACCACUGGCCACAACGAAACAGGGUGCCAGGCUUAGCGACAUAGUGCUCUACACCAAACCCGUGGGUUUCAAUACAUCCUUUCACCGUACCGUAAAAGACUGCUGCUGACUUAGGGAAGGAAGAUAAACGCGAACCAUUGGUCCCUCAUUUUACAUUUAUAGUUGAGCUAGGUUAGUGCUGUUUGAACGUUGUGCUAGCAAAAUCUAAUAAGAAGACACUGUUGCGUAGGGUUAAGAUAGCGACCAAUAAGCUCUUACACACACGCACGCACGCGGUGUGGCGCACGUGCGCGGCCGAUAAGCGUCUUGGCAUUACAUUCGCGGCGAGAGAGGCGCGGUACCUUACAGGCGUUGCAUUAGGAAUCAGGCGCGCAAUAGUGUCCAUCCUUUUUAUUUCAUCAUUACGACGCGUUCCGCUUGUGCUAUGUUUAGAAUUCGCGGCCAUUCAAAGACCCUGCUGCUGCUGGCUUGGCCGGUGGCGGUAUUUGGAUUUUGACGGAGAAAACAUUUGCAGAAAUCGAUCACAGCACGCCCACCAGAAGUGGGUGAAUAUAAAACACGGCCCAUCUGUUCGUCCGAUGAAUCAACAACCUAAUUUUACUAGCUUUAAACCACAUUCCACCCGUUUUGCCAAAUUUUCUCCAAACCCAUACAGUGAGACGCUCAUCUCGUGUGGGCGCUGGUGGGCGAGAAAAGCCAACUUUAGUUGAUUUUUCGUUUAAGAAGGAAACAAUAAAGAGGGCUUCUAAUAACACCGUUCGUCCUCUCUCGCUCUCGUGUGCCUCGUCAUAACGUAAACAUUUGCUAGCAUAAUUGUUUGUAGAUUAACUUUAGUUCUAAUACACCAUAAAGGGACUUUAAAACUGUUUGAGAACAGGAAUUGCUUUAAGUGACUAGUUAGUUUGUACAACCUUAACUACCUACUAUUCUCUCUCUACUGAUACUCUACUCCUAUCAGAGCCAUCAUGCGAAAUAUGCCGCAGUGGACCACACAAAUCACGAACACUACAUAAUCAAAAGUAAGGUACACUCUAUGUAUUGUAUGAACAUUAUUGAAACCAAUAAAAUAGUGGAACUGUUGUUCCGCAAACUUUGUAAAUGGACAGAAUAAA